AUGAAUACAGAUUUUGUAUUUGGCAGUGAUUGGUGUACAAAAAAUGCAGCAAGAAUCGAUUAUGAAAAAAGUCAAGUCUCUAUACGUUCUUCAUGUGGUCGUAUAUUUAUUCCAUAUCACAAAAGCAUUGAAUGUUUAACUUUAGAUGUCAAAUCAAUUAAUGUUAUUCAUAUACCUCCACGUGAAUCAUACACUGUUCAAGCCAAAGUCGAAAUAUCAUCAGCUGAUACCGUCUACUUUUCGCCUGUCGAUCCUAUACAAUCCGAAAAAUCUAUUGUCAUGUCACCGUCGUUGUUACACAUAAAUAAUUAUACCACAUAUUUAGAAGUAUAUAAUCCACAUGAUUAUACCUACAUAUUACCAAUGAAUACUGUUCUAGGUCGAGUAACACACACACCGUAUGAAAUGCAUUCAUGUUUUUUAUUUGAUACAUUUCGUGAAACUUCGUCGUUAUCGCCUCAACAUCAUAUUUUUAAUACAAUUGAACUAGAAACAAAACCUUCUGCAACCUCGAACACAAUUGAUAAAUUAAUUACUCAUAUUAAAAAUGUUCAAGAGCAACAACAAUUACGUUUAAUAUUACAACAGCACAUAAAAAUUUUUGAUAUUUCGAAAGUUACACAAGCCCACACACAUAUUCAACACACUAUUAACACCGGUGAUAGCCUUCCGAUUACCUCACGACCGUAUCCAAGAACCAUCGAACAAAGACGUGAACUUCAAGAUGAAAUCCAAAAAAUGACACAAACAAAUCAAAUUCGUCCAUCACAUUCAUCUUGGUCAUCUCCAGUCAUUAUUCACAAAAAAAAGGAUGGUGGUAUUCGAUUUUUAGUGGAUUAUCGAAAAUUAAAUUCGGUGACCAAAAAAGAUUGCUUUCCUCAACCAACNUUCUCUAUAGAAGAUCUAAAAUUAACUUUAGAAUAUGUUGCCUGUUAUGUCAGGAGAUGUCUCUCCUGA